AUGACUCUACCCUUGUUUUGGACCGGGCUGUUUACUACCGUCAGCUACCUGGUCGCCAGGAGCAUCUAUCGCCUUUACUUUCACCCUCUUAGCAAGUUUCCCGGGCCAAAGCUAGCUGCUCUGACACAUCUGUAUGAAUUCUACUACGAUGUCGUUAAAGGUGGGAAGUAUCUCUGGGAGGUGCAGAGAAUGCACGAUCAGUAUGGCCCCAUUGUGAGAAUCAAUCCUCGUGAGCUUCAUAUCAAGGAUCCAUAUUAUUUUGACCCUAUCUAUACCUCAAAAGGGCAGGCGAAAGAUCCUUAUAUAGUCCGAACAUUUGCUACUCCCCUGUCUACCGCCGCCACAGUCGAACAUGAUCGUCACCGCUACCGCCGAGAAUUAAUGAACCCAUUCUUCUCAAAGCGGUCUGUAAUGGGUAUGGAUCAUAUUGUCCAGGAUAAAGUCGAGAAAGUAUGCCAGCGACUCACGCAGGCGCACGAAACGGGAAGCGUGGUCUCUCUGGACGACAUAUUCGCUGCUUUAACGGCAGAUGUUAUCUCACACUAUGCAUACGGGGAGAGUCUGGGGUUUCUAGAUACAAAGGAUCUGAAAAAUGAGUUCCGAGACGCUGUUGCUUCUGCGGGAUUCUUGUGUCACUUCGCACGUUUCUUCUUCUUCGUGCAGAUGGUUGCGGAUGCCGUCCCAGGACUGGUAGAAUGGGCGCAGCCGAGUUCAAAGGGACUGUGGGAAGCUAAACGCAUGAUAGAACAGAUGGCCAAAUCUGCUCUGGAAACAGACCAGGGGAAGGAUGCCAAUUCGAGGAAAACAAUUUUUGAUGCCCUCUGUGCCGAGUCAGUGCGACCGGAGGAAAGGACGGUUCCAAGGGUCCGGGAUGAGGCCAUGGUUGUUUUCGGUGCAGGUACGGAGACGACAGCAAGAGUGUUGACAACCGGGUCCUACUACCUCUACCGAGAUGGACCACGUCUAGAGAAAUUACGAGCGGAGCUAAAGACGGUCAUAUUGGACUCGACCGGCCACGCCUCUCUAGCUCAGCUAGAAGCUUUGCCAUAUCUAACCGCGGUUAUAAACGAGUCUCUCCGCAUGGCGCAUAGCGUAACGCUGCGAUUGCCGCGGAUUUCGCCAACAGCACUGGCAUAUAAGGGCUAUACUAUUCCUCCAGGGACACCAGUCAGCCAGUCAAUAUAUUUCAUGCAUAUCGACCCGACUAUCUUCCCUAACCCAGAAGUCUUCAAUCCUGAACGGUGGUUAGAAGCAUCGAGCAGGGGUGAACGACUGACCAAAUUCUUGGUUCCUUUCUCGAAAGGCUCCAGAAUUUGCCUGGGGAUGAACCUAGCAUACUCUGAGCUGUACCAGAUGUUCGCUGCCUUAGUUCGUCGCUUUGACCUUGAGAUCUACAACACACCACCAGAGAGCAUGCGUAUAACGCGAGACUUCAUGAUCGGAUUGCCAGAUUCGGAUGCCCUCAAAGUGCAUAGUCUGGUCACUAAUGCUCUGUGA